AUGACUGAGCCCUCUAAGGUUAUCCAUGUCCGCAAUGUCGGGCAUGAAAUUUCCGAGAAUGACCUGCUCCAGUUAUUCCAGCCAUUUGGGGUUAUAACAAAACUUGUUAUGCUUCGUGCUAAAAAUCAGGCUCUCCUUCAAAUGCAAGAUGUUAAUUCAGCGAUAAGUGCCCUGCAAUUUUAUACAAAUGUUCAGCCAACCAUAAGAGGUAGGAAUGUCUAUGUCCAGUUCUCGUCACAUCAAGAGCUAACUACAAUGGAUCAAAGUACUCAAGGACGAGGAGAUGAGCAGCCAAAUCGAAUUUUGUUAGUGACAAUCCAUCACAUGUUAUAUCCUAUUACAGUGGAUGUGCUGCAUCAAGUUUUUUCUCCUUAUGGAUUUGUGGAAAAGAUUGUGACUUUUCAGAAGUCAGCUGGUUUCCAAGCCCUUAUUCAAUACCAAGUACGCCAGAGUGCAGUAUCUGCUCGGACUUCUCUUCAGGGCCGCAAUAUAUAUGACGGCUGUUGUCAGCUUGACAUUCAAUUCUCAAAUUUGGACGAGCUGCAAGUGAACUACAAUAAUGAUCGUUCGAGGGAUUUUACCAACCCAAAUCUACCUUCAGAACAGAAAGGGAGAUCCUCUCAAUCUGGAUAUGGAGAUAUGGGGGGCAUGUAUGACCAUCAAUCCUCUGUUGCCGGUGCAGUUCCAUAUCCUCAGAUGGGGAAUGCUGCUGCAAUUGCUGCUGCCUUUGGUGGAGGAUUGCCUCCUGGCAUUAGCGGAACAAAUGACCGAUGUACUGUACUUGUAUCCAAUUUAAACCCUGAUAGAGUAGAUGAAGACAAGCUUUUCAACCUCUUCUCUCUGUAUGGAAACAUUGUCCGAAUCAAACUUCUCCGUAACAAACCUGACCAUGCACUUGUUCAGAUGGGAGAUGGUUUCCAAGCUGAGCUGGCAGUCCAUUUCUUAAAGGGUGCAAUGCUAUUUGGAAAGCGCCUGGAAGUCAACUUCUCGAAGCACCCUAACAUAACUCAGGGUGCUGACACUCAUGAGUACAUAAAUUCAAAUCUCAACCGCUUCAACCGCAAUGCUGCAAAGAACUACCGGUACUGUUGCUCUCCGACAAAGAUUCUGCACAUAUCUUCCCUGCCUCAGGACAUCGGUGAGGAUGAGAUUGUGAGGCACCUGGAGGAACAUGGCCCAAUCAUCAACACUAAGCUAUUUGAGAUGAAUGGAAAGAAGCAGGCCCAUGUCCAGUUUGAGACAGAGGAGGAAGCCACAGAGGCCCUAGUCUGCAAGCAUGCCACCACGCUGGGUGGGUCGAUUAUCAGGAUCUCCUUCUCACAGCUGCAAUCGAUCCGAGAAAGCUCGUGA